AUGGUGUCAAGUCCUUCUUCAUCUGAGAAUCACAAGAAGGUGAAAUCAUCAUCAACAACACCAACAACAACGCCGAGUCCUUUGAGGAGAUCUGAGAGACAGCGAAACAUUUCAUCUAAUUUGAAUCGUUCACCUUCUACUUCUACAACGCCGGUUUCUAAAGAUAAAGAGGAGAAAAAUUCUCCGAAUAGGAAGAAAUUGGAUGCUCGUAGGUAUCGAACUAUUUUAUCACAAAAGAAAAAUAAAGAUUGUCAGGAGACAAAUGAUGAACAUAAGUUGACUCCAAAAGAUAGCGACAAGGGUGAGGGCAAGAUUGAUGAGUGCUAUAAAGGGAUUAGUUUGAGCUGUAAAGAAGUUUUUGAGGAUUGUAUUAAGCCAUCUGAAGAUGCCAAAGCAAAGGAUAUGAGUGCCAAGUCUAUGUUGAGAGAACUUGUGAAAGAAACAUUAGAAAGUAAUGUGACAAUAGGUUCAACGGUGGUUGCAUCUAAUUCCACUGCUCAACGAACUAGUGAGAUACCUGAAAGAGUUAAUUUAGAUGGCAAUAAAGAGGAGACUAGAGGUUCAGAUUCAAAUGUAAGUUUGAUUAGGAAAUGCGUUGGAAAUGAUAAGGGUGGAAAUUUGACACCUUCCAAAAGAAAAAGCUCGGUGGUAGACAAUGAAAAUUUGACACCUUCUAAAAGAAAGAGCACGGUCGUAGACAAGCACUCUGAUGUUUCUCAUGCCUUGGAUGCCGACCAUGAAAGGCUUCGCGUCAAUAGUUUAGAGACCAGUGGGCCUUCCAAAAGGAUAAGGGGGAUCAAUAAUGUUGAUCAACCUACUUCAAAAUCUAAUGAUGAAAAGUCAUGUACCAAAACCAAGGAAGAGAGACCUCAAGGAAACGAUGAUGAAACUGAGAAAAUAAGGAAACAGCAGAGGAGCUUACAUCUUUCACUGAAGCCAGAGAUAGCAAAGCUUUGUGAAAUUCUUCUUCUCCCAGAUAAUGUCAAGAGUAUGGUUGGAAAGUUUCUUGAAUAUACCAUGAACAAUUUCAUGAUCUGUACAGAACCAGUAUCAAUAUUACAGGCUUUUCAAUUAUCUCUGUGUUUGACCGCUGCUUCGUUGCUAAGCCACAAACUUGACUCUGAAGCUGCCCUCAAUCUUGCAAAGCGGCACUUGAAUUUUUCCUGUAAGAAAGAUGCGGUUGAUGAAAUUAGUGCAAUGCUGUGGGAUCUAAAGGACAGUUUUUUAUUACUCACUGGAAACUCUAAUGCCAAUUGCUCUCCAAAGGUUUCGGAAUCAUUGAAAAGGGUUCAUUCGAAUACAGAUACAACAUCAUAUGUUGAAUUGACCAAAAAAGAUAUUUCCGAAAUUUCUAGAAAUAUUAAAGUAAAUCAGAAUCGCAAAGAACAAUGGAGAAAGCUACUUCAUAUUCAAAUGGAAAAUAAACGUAAGUUGGAAAAAGAAAUUGAGAACGAAAUGACUCAUUUUAAAAAAAUGUUUAAUCUAGAGUGGAAAGCUACUUUACUUUAUGAGAAGGAAAAAGAUAUGCUCAGAGAAUUCAAAAGUAAAUACAAAAUAAGGGAGGCAACAUUGAAAAGGGUGCAAGAAGCACGUCUCCAGGUUCUUGAGGCCAAACAGUUAGAAGAAAGGCAGAAAUUCCGUGAGUCGUCAGCACCAGAUGAAUUGUCAUACCUAGUUUCUUCGCAAGAACUUGGGACAUCCCAUAAUGCUCCAACAAUCCUUCUGUCUAAUCAAGUGUCUAAAACUAGUUACAAACGGGGCACUGCCAGGGAAUUGAGUAGGAAGGAAGCUGUGGGAUUGCCCAGCAAAGUCAGAAGUACUGAUUAUCCAGAGAAUGCAGCUCCUCUGUAUUCUUUAUCCACAGAUCAAAUAUUUGAUGAAGGUUUAUAUGGGGUUGUAUCACCAAGGCAUUGUAGUUCUUCUGGUCCAAGUAAUGGCCAUCCAGCUGCAGUUCCCAUUUUGAAUUCACCAUCUACAAUUCAAAAAGUUCCCGGUAGAGUCUCGCCGGCCAUAAAUAAUGGACAAAUACCAGUAACGGAACCAGAAUUGAGUAGGGAUGCAGCUGUAGGAUUGCCCAGCACAAUUAGAAGUACUGGUUAUCCAGAGAAUGCAGCUGCUCUGAAUUCUUCACCAACAGAUCAAAUAUCUGAUGUAGGUUUAGAUGGUGUUGUAUCAUCAACGCCUUGUAUAUUUUCUAGUCCAAGUGAUGGUCGUCCAGCUACAUCUUCCCUUUUGAAUUCACCUUCUUCAAAGCAACAAGUUCCCGAUAGAGUCUUGUCACCCGUAACUGAUAGACAAAUAUCAGUCGUAGUGCCAGAAAAUAAUCAUAAAGAGGCUGAAUGUCAAAUAACAGACAAUGUGGAAGUGAAUGAGAGUACUACAUCAAACUACCAGGAAGGAGUAGACAGAACCAUGGCAGAAAACACUCUGUCCCAGGAGACUUCAGUAUCUAGAGCUGUGGAUCCCAUUGAACCUCAAAAACAAGUGCAAGGGCAGCCAUUAUCAUCUGUAGAGCCUCCGCCUAGUCCAGUUCAUAUUUUACCUGCAUAUCAAUCCACACAAGUUUCAUUGGUCAUGGAGCCUCCAGAGCAGGUGCAGCAGGAUAUCUCUAACAUGCCUUUGGCGGCUGGAGGUGAAGAUCAGCCAGCAACCAGUGAAGAUUCUUUCUCCAGCCAGAUUCCUGAGGCAUCAGCUGAGGUUCAAAAUCAAGCCGCCGAGCAACCUGCCUUGAACUUGGAAGCUGAUUCACAUUGGUAUCAAGUUGUGCCUCCAGUCUCAGACAUGGUCCUUGAUUCACUUGUGCCUGGUGGAGUCAGAGCCCAGUCAUUAGACACAAGAAGUUUCUCAACUCACAGAGUUAUCAAUAAUCAUUCUAUUCAAACUCCAGCACAAUCAGCUUCAAGGAAUUUUCCAUCUAUGUUCUAUGAUCCACUUAGUUAUGAAUUGGAAAGAAUACGUAAAUCGACAAAGCAAAAUCUGAAAAAACAUGAAGAUAUGAAAUUACAGCUGAAAUGUAAUUUUGAGAAGGAAAUUGAAGAACUUCGCAGGAAGUAUGAUAUUCAAAUGAAGGAGAUUGAAGUUGAAUAUCAGAAAACAAGCAAGAACUAUGAUACACAAUAUAAAACAGUUUAUGUACAUAAAAUAUUGGCCGAUACUUUGAAGGCUAAUUCUGAUCCUAGGUUUUCUGGUGAAUCGGGAAUGCUGCAAGGUUUUACCCAACCUCCAAGGCCGCAAAAUCCUACUCAUCCCUCUAUGGUUGCUGGACCAUCUUGUCGCGGACCUCCUGCAACCACUUUCCAGAAUUCACACGCCUCAACUGGCUCUCAUGCUAGGUUGCCAUCACCUAUACAUGCCUCUUACAAUACACAGGGAAAUUUCAGCGGUUUUUCUGCAAGACCACCUCAUAUCAAUAUCUCUUCACCUAAUCUUCAAGCUGGUGGGGAGAUAAGUGUCCCUCCACUGCAUCCCCCGCCUUAUAGACCCUCAACAUCAGUACCAGCCUCCAGUCUCAUGGGGGAGUUCCGUGGCCCUCUACCUCCUCUCCAGCCUUAUAGACCCUCAACAUCUGUACCAGCUUCCAGUCACAGUGGGGAGAUCCGUGCCCAUCCACCUCCUCUCCCGCCUUAUAGACCCUCAACAUCUUUACCAGCCUCCAGUAACAAUGGGGCGAUGUGCACUCCUUCACCUUCAACAUCUUUGCCAGCCUCCCGUCACAGUGGGGCGAUGCGCACCCUUCCACCUCCUCUCCCGCCUUAUAGGCCUUCAACAUUUGUCCCAGCCUCCAGUCACAGUGGGGCGAUGCGCACCCCUUCACCUCCUCUCCCACCUUAUAGACCCUCAACAUCUGUACCAGCAUCCGGUCACAGUGGUGCGAUACGUGCCCCUGCACCGCAUCUCCCGCCUUAUAGACACUCAACAUCUGUACCAGCCUCCAGUCUCAGUGGGGAGAUACGGGCCCCUGCACCGCAUAUCCCACCUUAUAGACCCUCAACAUCUGUACCAACCUCCAGUCUUGGAGGAGUUCCACAUGGUAUGCCAAGUCACCCUGCACCUAGUAAUGCUCCUGCAAGUUCUUCAUUAUCAUCUCAGAGGCUUCCCAGUCCAAUGCCAGCAAUCUCUCAGUUUUGUCCUCAUAGGGGGCAUGGUUAUGAGAGCACAGGUGGGUUCCCCACUCGUAAUGUAUCUGCCACGGAUAUGCGCAUGAAUGCUAAUAGUCAAUCUAGCAUUAAUCUGCCAAAUACUUUGCCACAUAUGUCAGAUUCGGCAUCUUUGAAUCAUUCUCAAUUUAACAAAAGUAGCAGCGAUCCGGCCAACUCAACCCAAGAAGCGACACCUUCUGAUGUUGUCUGUUUAUCAGAUGAUGACUAA